AUGGAGGAUCUGGAUGAUGCCGCGCCAGAUUGGAUCACGGGUCGCACCACCUCGGCGGUCAUCCUCGAACGCUUCGCCACCAAAUUCGACUACUUGCCUCAACGCCCGCCGUCGCAGCAGCAGCCUGAACAGAAUUCGGAGCCCCAGCAAGAAGAGGCAAAGCCAGAGGAGAAGAAGAUUGCUCAUCAAGACGACGAUCUUUCGGUGCCUCCAUCACGUGUUCCCGACGCUGAGGACAGUGUCUUGGUCAACCAAUCAUCUCCGGUGAAGCUGUUGGAGGAGUACGACCCGGAGGAAACAUCCAUCUCGGCGCGACCGUUCGCUUAUGUCGCAGACCACGUCAUUCGCAUAGAUUUGAGCGCCAACGUAUUGGAGGAAAUCGCCAAAUACGAGGCUCUCGUCAAGGAGAGGGAUGAGGGCAAUUGGUUUGAAAGGCUCCGCGAUGAGCUGCAAAUGGGGAUGGCAAAGGCGCCGCCUAUUGAGUGGUAUGUCGUCGUCAAUGGAGACGAGGAGCGCGGCGUGCCUCAGGACGAUGAUGAGGACAGCUUCGACAGCGAAAUGAGAGAAGUUGAGGAAUUGAAUUUGGGCGAGGAGGGGAGCGAAGCAAAGCGUGAGCAGGAGACAACCAGUCCCUCAAAACAGCGGAGUACGAACAGCCGGCCCGUUGACCAGCAGCACUCUCUGCGGCACAAGAUCUCGAGGGCAGGCCUGCGACGUUUAUUUAGCAAAAAGGAAGCUUCCGAGUAA